ACAGCACGUAUGCGGCGAUGUUUAUCUCCAUACGCCACGGGGUUCCAACAACAGAUUGUUAGGCGAAGGAGCCAAUCGUCAAAAUGCGAACAGAGUGUUCGACUCUCAGAACAACGCUAAAGGUGGUUACAACGCUGGUGAAAAGAGCGAAAAAAAGACAACUGAUUGGUAUCAUAUGCAAUAUUUCAUGAGCGGCACCUCGGCUAAUGCACCAACUAUCCUGAAUCUUGAAUGGACCAAUCAGCAUGGCUGUGGCGACGGUGACUUGAAUUGUAACAUCGUCUUGCAAUACAUGUGUCGCCCCUCUGGACAGGAGGAUAAACAAAGGGAGAUGAGGAACGGCAAAACGGAGACGACCCCAGCCUAUAGAAAGCGCACUUUCAGAAGUUUUAGAAGCAAACUUAUGGAGAGAAGGAGGCGCUCUCGCCUUGACAGAGUUUACAACGAGCAGUGGGAAUGGUAUGACAAGUGCAACACGAGAGAAAGAAACAAAGGUCUGUUCACAGCUGAUCAGAACCUCAAGGGCAACACAGCAAAGUACACGCGACAAAACGCUAAUGGAAAUCGUCAUGGUUACGAGUGUCCUGAGGAAAGAGAUUAUUAUCCAUACUGGCAUCCGACUGACUGGAUUGAUAUCGCAGUCUUGGGAGACGGAGCAGAUUGUGACUUUUACAAGUCACAGAGCUUCAACACCAAUAAGGAGGAGUGUGUGGAACUCUACAACAAAGAAAGGGCUUACGAUGAAAAGACAAACAAAUGGCGUCAUGCCUCACGAUUCAACAACAAAGCUGCCUGCGAAGCAAACAAAGGAAAAUGGGUGACAUUUCACAGCUAUCUUGAAGAGGCUGAGCUUACCAAGGAGCAGUGUACUGGUGAAGAGCACAUAUGGGCCAUUCCCUAUCGCUCUGAAAGAUUGGACCAGUUCAAAGGUGCUGAUCCCGAGGACUGGAAAAAAUGCUUGGUCGCGUUACCCAAACCAGAAUGUGGGCCAGCCCCGUACUCACGUUCCAAUCACCUGGGUAACGGCGAGGGCGUGGUCGCUCUCAACUAUCCUUGGAAGAUACCCCGCUUCCCUUCAGGAGACGAACAGAAAUGUGUACGGUACAAUAUCUCCACAAGCGAUUACGACGUGAAAAAUACAUUCUCUGGUUCAAACAACGAGUAA